UUUACAGCCCUUUAAGUUAUAUGCUUAUGAAUUUCUAAGCAGCACAGAUAAUAUUUUCUUAAACGCUAGUGGUAUUUGAAUAAGGACACGAUGGAUCACUUUAAUUUUGGAGGCUCUGAAUUGACUCGAGGACAUAUGAUUCAAAUGUUGCUGCGAGUUUCAAUAGCCUCUGUGAUAACAUAUUAUUCAGUAAAAUGGAUGAUGAAUCAAUUGGAUCCAACCAGUAAAAACAAAAAAAAAGCCAAAUUGCUUGCUGAAGAACAGUUAAAAAGGUUAAGUAAAGAAGAAAACUUCGACGUAAGUCUGCAGACGUUUACCGACUAUGAGCUGAUGAUUGCAUCACACCUUAUAGUUCCAGCCGACAUAGCGGUUAAAUGGAGCGAUAUAGCUGGCUUAGAUUCGGUGAUUCAGGACCUGCGUGAAUCGGUUGUGUUGCCUGUACGGCAUCGAGAUCUUUUCAAGGAAUCAAAACUUUGGCAAGCCCCAAAAGGUGUACUGCUGCAUGGACCACCAGGAUGCGGCAAAACAUUAAUUGCGAAAGCCACUGCGAAGGAGGCUGGCAUGAGAUUUAUUAACUUGGAUGUGGCCAUUCUUACUGACAAGUGGUAUGGUGAAUCGCAGAAGCUUGCAUCUGCCGUCUUUUCGCUGGCUGCUAAAAUUCAGCCAUGCAUAAUUUUCGUGGAUGAAAUCGAUUCGUUUCUUCGCGCACGUAACUCAAAUGAUCAUGAGGCCACAGCUAUGAUGAAAACGCAAUUCAUGAUGCUAUGGGAUGGCCUAAGUACGGAUCCUCACUCUGCGGUGAUUGUAAUGGGCGCUACUAAUCGGCCGCAAGAUCUUGAUAAGGCCAUUGUUCGUAGAAUGCCAGCACAGUUUCACAUAAGCCUCCCAUCCGAGAGUCAACGAAUUGAUAUCCUUAAAUUAAUAUUAGCAACAGAGGAAAUCGAUCGUGACGUCGACUAUAACCGUUUGGCUAAACUAACGAACGGAUUCUCUGGGUCAGAUCUUCGGGAAAUGUGCCGAAACGCUUCCGUCUAUAGAAUGAGGCAGUUUAUGCGAGCAAGUAAUACAAACAAUGCGUCCUCAACUACAGAUAUAAAUAAGGCAUUACUUUCAAUAACCAUGGAUGAUUUACUAAAUUCCCACUUAAAAAUGAAAGAAUCUAAAAUGCACACUGGUAAUUUGUUUUUGGAAAAUCGAAUUGAGUUAGAUUAAUUAAUUGUAGACUUGCACACAACUUGCUUCAGUAAUUUUUAUUAUUAUUAUAAAAUAAAAAUGAUAUGCAUACAAAAUAUAUAUUUUGUUGGAGCUACUAACAUGAUAAUUACAUGAAGACAUGAAGAGCUCUUCGGUUACAAAUUUACAUAUAUGUUACCGAGCGAGCAAAACACAUUUCCCGUCAAAAAUUUGCGAUAAUCGAACACUAUUAUGAACACUAACUGUGUGCACAAACGUAGCGGACGAUAAAUAUGUAUAACUGCGAACUAAGUUAAUAAACCCAUGAAUGUGUGCGCUUUGACACACUAUUGAA